AUGUGCAUGAGGAGGUGCCUGGUCGGCCUCACGUUUUGUACCUGCUACCUGGCUUCUUACCUCACGAACAAGUAUGUCCUGUCUGUCUUGAAAUUUACCUACCCUACAUUAUUCCAAGGGUGGCAGACAUUAAUUGGUGGACUUUUGCUUCAUGUGUCAUGGAAACUGGGCUGGGCGGAGAUCAACAGCAGUUCAAGGUUUGAUGUUUUGACAUGGCUUCCUGCUUCAGCGCUGUUUGUGGGUAUCAUCUAUGCUGGUUCCAGAGCACUGUCCAGACUGGCCAUUCCUGUGCUUCUCACUUUGCAUAAUGUAGCCGAAGUUAUAAUCUGUGGGCACCAGAAGUGUUUUCAGAAAGAGAAAACAUCUCCUGCAAAGAUCUGUAGUGCCCUCUUCCUCCUGGCUGCCGCAGGGUGCCUGCCCUUCAACGACUCCCAGUUUGAUCCAGAUGGUUAUUUCUGGGCUGUAAUUCACUUAUUCUGCGUAGGGGCUUAUAAGAUACUACAGAAAUCCCAGAAACCCAACGCGUUAAGUGACAUUGACCAGCAGUACUUAAACUAUCUAUUCAGUGUGGUGCUCCUGGCAUUUGCAUCUCACCCCACAGGUGACCUCCUCAGCGUCCUGGACUUUCCGUUCCUGUAUUUCUACAGAUUCCAUGGCAGCUGCUGUGCCAGUGGAUUUUUAGGAUUCUUUCUCAUGGUCAGCACAGUGAAGCUGAAAAGCCUUAUGACCCCAGGGCAGUGUGCAGCCUGGAGUUUCUUUGCUAAGGCCACAGUCAAUUGGUUCAGGGACCAAUCAGAAUCUUCCCUGGCAUUUUUGGACUUGGAACCAGAGAGCCAGUCUCAGAUCUUCUCUGUGGAGCCCCAUGGAGGUGAUCACGGCUGGUUUAUCGAUAUUGCUGUUCGAUAUGAUCCUGACCAGGGCCACCGUGGGAUGAAGUCACACCAGUUUGAUUCAACAGUGAGAACAAUGCACUGUUUGGUCAGGAUGUCCACGCUGAGGGAGGUGGGCUCUAUCGUCUGCCAAGUGAAACCACACCGAGGGGUGUCUGUCGAGCAAGACGAGCCUCUCAGUCACCCGGGAAUGGGUCAGUCCUUGCCAAGUCUUCGCCCAGCCUGCCGGCUGCUGGCCGGAUGA